AUGGCGUAUUUAUCGCAGCGUGGCACGCAGGUCGUGGGCUUUUGGGUUAAGAAUAUUGGAUGGCGAUUGCUAAACAUGGACUUGGUCACGCCGAUUUCGAUGGACAACCAAUCUACGACUAACUUGGUGAAGUUGGAGAAGAGCUCGUCAAUUGUGAACCACGUGAACAUUCGUUUCAAGUUUAUCGGCCACUACUCUCAAGCUACGGUGUGUGCCCGAGUUUAA